UCCACAGAAGUGGGCAAGAAGGAACGCGAAACACACGAGGACUUGAACGAGAACGAACCGGAAACCCUUGAAGAGCUGAACCAGAAGGAACAGGACAGCCAAGCUCCGAGUCGCAAUCGCAGGAGCAACAGCCCAGAAGAAGACGCGGUCCCCGCACAGGAGGCUUCAGCACCAGCACCCCGAUCAUUAGGCUUCGGGAUGUCUGUGGUUGGCAUUGACCUCGGCUUUCUCAACUGCUACAUCGCUGUAGCGAGGAGCGGCGGCAUCGAGACCAUCGCCAAUGAGUACAGCGACAGGUGUACCCCGGCCUGUAUAUCGUUGGGAUCGAGAACUCGAGCCAUUGGAAAUGCAGCUAAGAGCCAGAUAGUCACGAAUGUAAGAAAUACAAUUCAUGGCUUCAAAAAGCUUCACGGACGAUCAUUUGAUGACCCUAUUGUGCAGACUGAAAGGAUCAGGCUGCCCUAUGAGCUGCAGAAGAUGCCUAAUGGAAGUGCAGGAGUGAAGGUGCGGUACCUAGAUGAAGAGAGACCUUUUGCAAUUGAGCAAGUUACGGGAAUGCUGUUGGCCAAGCUUAAAGAGACUUCAGAAAAUGCUUUGAAGAAACCGGUGGCUGACUGUGUGAUUUCAAUUCCUAGUUUUUUCACUGAUGCUGAGAGAAGGUCUGUGAUGGCCGCAGCCCAGGUUGCAGGUUUAAAUUGUUUAAGAUUGAUGAAUGAAACCACCGCAGUUGCAUUAGCAUAUGGAAUUUAUAAACAGGAUCUUCCUCCAUUAGAUGAGAAACCAAGAAAUGUAAUAUUUAUUGAUAUGGGACAUUCUGCCUACCAAGUCUCAAUUUGUGCUUUUAACAAAGGAAAACUUAAAGUCUUGGCUACUACCUUUGAUCCAUAUUUGGGUGGCAGGAACUUUGAUGAGGCUUUAGUGGACUACUUCUGUGAAGAGUUCAAGACCAAAUAUAAGAUAAAUGUGAAAGAAAAUUCUCGGGCCUUGUUGCGUUUAUAUCAGGAAUGUGAAAAACUAAAGAAGCUAAUGAGUGCAAAUGCAUCAGAUCUUCCACUGAACAUUGAGUGUUUCAUGAAUGACCUUGACGUUUCUAGUAAAAUGAACAGGGCUCAAUUUGAACAAUUAUGUGCUUCCCUCCUCGCCAGGGUUGAACCACCAUUAAAAGCAGUAAUGGAACAAGCUAACUUACAACGUGAAGACAUAAGUAGUAUAGAAAUUGUAGGCGGAGCAAUGCGAAUUCCUGCAGUAAAGGAGCAAAUCACUAAAUUCUUUCUUAAAGACAUAAGUACCACAUUAAACGCAGAUGAAGCUGUUGCAAGAGGAUGUGCGUUGCAGUGUGCGAUUCUCUCACCAGCAUUUAAAGUGCGUGAAUUUUCCAUAACAGACGUUGUUCCCUAUUCAAUCACAUUAAGAUGGAAGACCUCUUUUGAAGAUGGAACUGGGGAAUGCGAAGUAUUCUGUAAGAACCAUCCUGCCCCAUUCUCGAAAGUCAUUACUUUCCACAAGAAGGAACCAUUUGAAUUAGAAGCAUUUUAUACUAAUUUACAUGAAGUGCCUUAUCCUGAUCCAAGAAUUGGGAGCUUCACUAUUCAGAAUGUUUUCCCACAGUCUGACGGUGAUAGUUCCAAAGUGAAGGUUAAAGUUCACAUUAACAUCCAUGGAAUCUUCAGUGUGGCCAGUGCAUCAGUAAUUGAGAAGCAGAAUGUAGAAGGGGAUCACAGUGAUGUUCCUAUGGAAACAGAAACUUCCUUUAAGAAUGAAAGCAAAGAUGACUUGGAUAAAAUGCAGGUUGACCAAGAAGAAGGAGGUCAUCAAAAAUGUCAUGCUGAACACACCCCAGAAGAGGAAAUUGAUCAUACAGGAACCAAAACAAAGUCAGCUUCCUCAGACAAAGAAGACAGAUUAAACCAGACCAUUAAAAAAGGAAAAGUCAAGAGUACUGACCUACCUAUCCAGAGUAGCCUGUGUAGACAAUUGGGCCAAGAUCUUCUCAACAGCUACAUUGAAAAUGAGGGGAAGAUGAUCAUGCAAGAUAAGUUAGAGAAAGAAAGAAAUGAUGCUAAGAAUGCUGUUGAAGAAUAUGUAUAUGAUUUUAGAGACAAGCUGGGCACUGUCUAUGAAAAGUUCACCACUCAAGACGACUUGAAUAAACUGUCAGCAAUACUGGAAGACACAGAAAAUUGGCUUUAUGAAGAAGGAGAAGACCAACCUAAACAAAUUUAUGUGGAUAAGCUUCAAGAACUAAAGAAAUAUGGGCAGCCUAUUCAAAUGAGAUACAUGGAACAUGAAGAGAGACCAAAAGCUUUAAACGACUUGGGAAAAAAGAUCCAACUUGUCAUGAAAGUGAUAGAAGCAUACAGAAACAAGGAUGAAAGAUAUGAUCAUUUGGAUACUGCUGAAAUGGAAAAAGUUGAAAAAUACAUCAGUGAAGCCAUGAGCUGGCUGAACAGUAAGAUGAAUGCACAGAACAAACUAAGUCUCACUCAAGAUCCUGUGGUGAAAGUUUCAGAAAUAGUUGCAAAGUCAAAGGAACUGGAUAAUUUCUGUAACCCCAUCGUUUACAAACCCAAACCGAAAGUAGAGGUUGCAGAAGACAAAGCAAAGGCUAAUAGUGAACACAACGGACCAAUGGAUGGACAGAGUGGGACUGAAAUGAAAGCAGAUACAACAAAAGACAGCUCACAGCAUACUAAGUCUUCUGCAGAGAUGGAAGUGGACUAGGUCUUAAUUUUACCAUCACAUAAUUCAAACAGUGCAAGUAACCACAGGGUCCAUUCUUCUUCUUUUACAUCUGAUACACACAACAGAUGUUCAGUUGUUCUUAACCACUUGUUGUCAUUUGUUUUUUGGAGUAGUUUUGACAAGUGUUUUAUAUUGAGUACACCUCUGUUUAUUUCCAUUGCUGCUUAUGUGAAGCUUUAGCUGAAUAUAGAUUUACAAGUCAGUUUAAGCUUUCGUUAUAUAUUUAUAUCAAACAUGCAAGAUUGAUAUGUAGUUGGCAACAAUCUACCUUAUUUAAAGCUUCUCCUUGGAUAAACUUCAGCUCCCUAUUCAGGAAAGGAUACUGUGUUGCACUAUUGUUGCAGAAGCAUAGAUUUAACUGCAUCAUUAUUUUGAAAAACAAAUACUGAAAUUGAUGUGGUUUAAAAGCCACUGAGGCACUGACCUUUUUCUAGUUAUUGUGUUGUUCUAAUUUAUAUAUUAAAACAAAUAAGAGGUUCCUUGACAAAUUAGUCCAUCUCAUUGGUGUGCCAUGAGAACUCCAAACCUUUGUUGUCAUCACAUAAAUGAACCAAAUCACACUUCGAAAGGGAAAAUGCACAACUUUAUGUUAAGGUGACACCAGCAGUUUUCUUAGUAAUGUGGAUUGAUGUUUUCUCAGUAAUUCAAUGUCAUUUUCACUUGAAAUUUCUGAUCUACUUGUCCUGAAGACCUGCUGCUGCAAAAGUAAAAGUAGCUUAAAGAAAAAGCAGCAUUUUUGAUGAAAAUACCUUCAUGGAAAUGCUGUUGACCUACUCAGACAUGCGUCUGUGAUGUUGAUAGCCUUGUUUCAGCUCUAAUAGUCAUUUUAGUUUUCUUAAUUGAUUCUGUUAAUAUAUUAACACAGAAUAGGGAAAAAUGGCACAGUGCAUUGCAUUAUAUACAUUUAUCACUGAAGUACUUAUUGUUAAGAUAUAAACAUUACUAAAUAAGCGGUAAUACUUGAAAAGAAGCACUUACACCGUAAGUCUUAGGAAAUAAUGCUUGUAAUAAACUUAACUAUGUUACAUAUCAACAGGCAAAAUACAGAAUGUUACAUAGUGUAAUAUGAUAUGAUGUGAUUAAAUUAUAGUUCCUGCUGUUACAUCACCUGUUCAGACCUUGGCUCCAGUUUUGGUGCUUCUUAUAUAAAUUAUAUGGGACAAAGAACUGUGACAUUAAGAUAUUUGAAAGACUUGUCCACAUUGUUCAUUCAGUUCUGUCCAUCGGCUUGAAAAUAACUACGGGAGUAGACUGAAAUGAUUUUUAAACCUACUAGAAAAAGAAGCAUAGACAAUGCAUGGGCUCUUGUGUUUUAAUGCCAAUCAACUAGAUUGACCUAGUUUUGAAAUUUUGAAAGGCUCACUUUUUCCCAAAGCUAAACUUUAUAUUAAAAAGAAUAAAUACUGACUUUUCUUUAGUAAAAUUUGAGAGUUUAAUAUCUUUAGGGAUAGUCAUUAUUUCUCAGAACUAGUUCUCUAAGAGAGAUUUCGUUUCUACAAUGUAGUCUGCACUGAAAGGAGAGUAUGGAGUGCUUUUUGCGGGGAUUUUUAUUCAUCCUUUUUGAGGGAGAUGUCCUUUUUUUGCAUAAAAAAAAUCAAAUAGCCCCAAUAUAUUUUUAAUGUCUUCUAAUCUUUAAAUUGUCCUUGUUUUAAUACUCAAAAUAAAAUACUUAUAUCCAUUAUUAGUAAUUGAUAAAGUACAUUUUUUUAAAGCAUAUAUCAGUUACUUUUCAUUUGUACGUUGAGUAUAUAGGUUCAUUUCAGGAAAAACAUCAAAGUUACGAAAGGGAAUACAUAACAGUACAAGUAGGGAGUUUAUAGCUUUUCUUGAGUUAACAAUAACACCUCCACCCACUUUGUUAAGAGCUAUACCUCAAAAACUUCUUGGGAAUAAAUGUGGGAACAACCCUUUCUUCAUCUGAAUUUCCUAAUAGAUCCUGACAUUUUCCAUUCCUUCUCUUAAAUCAGUUUAUCUGAUUGAGUGUUUUGGUCAGAUAUAUAACAUUCCAAUUUAGUUAUAUAACACUAAGUUAAAUACAUGCAAAAAUAAUACAUAUACUUUUCUACCUAUUUAAUCAACUUAAAUAUUUCCUAAAGCCCUUUAAGCUUAUAAUGUAGUUAUUUAUUGAAUAAAUUUUAUUUAUUAAUAAAAAGAGAAUGUUCUCCUUAAAAAUUUUUGGGUAGAUGAUAUGGUUUAGUUUAAUUUUAAUCUGCACUGAAAUAUGCAGUGCUAUGCAAAGAGCUAAAGGUUUUUUCAUUAAAAAAAAUCUUAGAACUUAUUUUAAAAGAUACAUAGCAAAACAGAAUGUCUUCCUAUAGUAAGCAAAUAAAAAUUAAGGAUGUAGAAAAUAUCUAGGAUGAUUAAUAAAUACUAGUACACGUUGACUCUAUGGAAAAGUAUAAAUUAUUGCUUUGAGAAACCAACUCCUGAUAGCCAAUUAUACUGUGAUUAUAAAAACAAAAAUUGCUAAAUAACAUAACAAAAGCAAGUUUGUGAUGUUUUAAUUCCUUAGCAGUAUACAGAAUUCUUAAGAUUUAAAACAACUAGAAACAGCACACCAAAGACAGGCUACUGGAAUAACAAUCUCAGUUUUAAAAGGGUAAAAGCCUUUUUUUUAAGAAGAAAUAAAGAUUUGUUAGACAAUUUGUGGGUCAAUUAUCAGUAUGUUGGAUUAUUUUCUAGAUAGAAGUCUUAUUAUUAUUUCCCAGAUAGAAGUCUUUAUGUAAAGUAAAUUUGGGAGCUCAAUUAUCAGAAUAAAAUUAUAGUGUUAAAUCAUUUAAUCAAAUUCAGUACAUCUUUAACUAUUUUGAAAAUCUAUUUAUAUUUAAAGACAAUAGACAUUUGAAUAUACGAUCAGAUUAACUGACUUCAGUUUGACCCCAAAUAGAUAUAACCAUCCCUCCAUUUUCAUAAAUUUGAAUUGUAAUAAUAAACCUAUAUACAUUCCCAUUAAAAUUUUCUGUUUUAAUAAUUGGUAUUUGGUAGCCCACAACAAUUAAAACCUUAGCAUUAAUUUUACAUGUCAGAGACUUAGAAGUGAUUCUUAAAUGACUAGGAAAAUAGAGCUUCAUCUUUCUUAACUUUUAGAUUUUACAACAAAAAACUUCAACUCUAAACUAAAUGUUAUUUUGUGAUUCAACUUUGGAAAGUCUUGAGUGUUAAAUUGAAUUUGAUUUUUGUGAUACAUGAUUCUGUAAAACUUAAUGAGAGGCAUAUCUAAUUGUAUUUAUCAAUAUUAAAAAUUUGAUGCCACUGAUUAAAUAUUUAGCCACUGAUAACUUUUCAAAUGACAUAGGUAAGUAUACUUAUAAAGUUGGAUUCUAAUAUUUUAUCCUCUUACUACAGUGUUCUAAAAUCUCCUUAAAGAGCACUCAAUUUCAGAAGACAAAGAAUUUUUUAUAAAAAAAGAAGCAGGUUUAAAAUUACGUGGUUUUUUUUGUGUGUCAGUAUCUAAUUUAAUCCAGUGUAAUUUUAAAAUAAUUCCGAAGAAGCACAUAAUCUUUCUUCUCUUUUGAUAAAAACUAACAAAAAUUUAAUGCAGCUCAGAGACCAAUAUUUUGAACCAAAACAAACAAAAAGGAAACUUUAGCUAUCUUACUUUCAUGUCUCUAAUUUAAAAUGCACUAAAAUUAAUAUUCUUCCAUGUACUCAUAUGUUUCCUAAGAAAGCAGCUUUGGGUUUAUAAUGUGGCCAGAUGUCUUUCCCAAGUUUUUUUUUUUUUUUCCUUACUAAAUUCAAAGGUAAUUGUUUAAGAUAAUAAAAGGGCACCUGGAAUUUUUAGAAUGUUAACUGAAAUUGCUUAGAAGAAAAGAAAACCAAAAUGUCAAUGGCAGUGGUCAGUCUCUAUAGGUGGUAAUGUGGAGAUCCCUAAGGAUACCUGUAGCAUAUUGUUAAAGUUAAGUAUUAAAAGAAAAAGCACAUCUGUCAAAAUACAUUAUUAAAUGACUUGGAGCUUUCAAGUCAAAGAAAAAAAACUAAUAAUUUAAUCAUGAACAUUUGAUUCAGUCUGUCAAAUAGGUCAAAAUCCAUAACAAUAUAAAUUAAUAGUAUGAUCUUUGCUUUGGAAUCUCUAACUGUCACGUUCUAUGUUCUAAGUCACAGGAUGAUUAUUAGGGCAAUGUAUUGAUACCUAAAAAUGACCCAUCCUAUAAAGAGAUGAGUGACAUUGACAUGUUGUAGUUUAAUUGCAUUAUAGUGUAUAAACUAUAAAUGGAAAUGAUCUUUAGUCUUACCUGUUGUCUUGUUUUACUUAUUCUCUCAUUCAGUUCUAGACUCUUAAAUAAUUAUAUUUUUCUCAAGUAUAUUUUCCUUUUUAUUUUGGAGGAUUCUUUAGAUCUUUUAUUUCAUGCUAUCAUAUCACUUUCUAGCUAAUUUUAUUACCUUUGUCUCCUUUUCAUUUUACUACCAAGUCUUACUAAGAAUCUUUUAAAAUUCAUACUUGAAAAGCCAUGUUAUAAAUUUUCACAUGUAAUAUCUCUAAAAUUUAAAUGACUUGCUCAAGUAGAUUUUUCAUAUCUGACCUUAGAAUACUUGAAGGCAGUUCUUGACAAACAGGUCAAUUUUGUGAGGAUUGAGUAACCAACAUCCCUCAUUUUAAAUCCAAAUAUCACUGUGACAAAAUAACAAGGGUCAAAAAUUUAAAAUGGUUGUUAAUGAUAGACACAUUUAAUUCUUUGCUGCUUGCUGAUUACAUACAUGUAUUAUGCAUCUCCCUUGCUUUUUUCGGAAUUUCCUAAAUUUUUUUGCUUCCAGGACUUUAAGUUAAAAUACAAUGCUCUUGAAAUUAUAUGGACCCACCCAGAAAGUAGAAGUUAAAAUGUAAUUAGAGAUGGAAAUCUAGGUAAAGGAAGCUUUAAAGUGUGUGUGUGUGUGUGUGUGUGUGUGUGUCUGUGUGUGUGUCUGUGUGUGUGUCUGUGUGUGUGUUUUCCCUGAAAUAAACUAUUAUGGCUUAGUGUCUCAGAAGGAGACUCACAAUAAAAUUGUUUACCUUUUAUAUUUGGUAGGAUGAAGCCAUUGUUGUUUAAUACCACAGUUUAUAGAAGCAAUAUUUUAAGAAUGUUACCAAAUUGUUUAGUACUAACAAUAUGGGAUCCAAGUCAUUUUUUUUUCUUUUCUCCUACCAUUAUUAAAAUAAUUUAUGUACACAGUGACUCUAACCCCAGUCAUUAGUGCAAAAUAACUUCUGGUAGUUUAGUUCCUACCAGGUAACUUUUUUCGUUUGUUUGUUUUUAAGAAAACUACUACAUUUGAUUUCUCAUUUUCCCAGCUUGUCUUAAAUGCAGAGUGACUAGUGCAAUGCAGAAAAUCAUAAUCAAGUGUGAUGUGUCUAUAAAAAUAAUUAACUGAA